UAGAUCGCCAAUUGAAAAGAAAUUUCAAUUGUUGUACACGAAUGCAAAAUUUAAGGAAGUUCAACAGCAAGUAAUCGGUGUGCUUGAUUUGGAUCCAACUUUACAGACAAUGGAUGGUGUAAUGAAGACUUAUUUGGUAGAAGAUGAAGUUCGUAUUCAGGAGUUCACAAAACAGGUUACAUAUUUUGUGGAUUUUAAUGUCGAUGACUGUAAUGCAAAGUGUUCAUGUGGUUUAUUUCAGAUGAGGGGGAUACUGUGUAGGCAUAUUUUGUCUAUAUUCAAAUCAAACGGUAUAAAAUCGUUGCCAGAUCGGUACAUUUUAGACCGAUGGCGGAAGGACAUCAAGAGAAGAUACACUUUAAUCCGAUCUAGCUACGAUGCCGGGGAUGAAAGGCCAAAUGGUAAUAGACAAUCCAUUCUUCUGAAUAUGUGUUAUGAGAUGAUAGAUUAUGCGGUUGAAUCUGAGAAGGACUUUGACGAUGCAAAGAAGAAGAUACAAGAGAUGACUGGAUUAUAUCGUCAGAACCAACGACCCUUAUCUAGCGGCCAAACAGUUUCGGAACCUGGGGUUACAAUACUAGAUGGGGCUGUAGUUGGUAGCUCACAACAAGUCAAGAGUCCACUUGUUGUCAGAGGAAAAGGAAGACCUCCGUCUCUUAGACGAGCAUCCAGGAUGGAGACAGAAAUGCGGAAGGUUAAAGCCAAACAGAAGAAAGCACAAGUGGUUCAAAAACGCAAACAGCGAGAUGAAGGAGAUACAGUACCUAUGGGCACAAAACGGAGUUUAUUUGGGCCAUCAGAAGCAGAUGCAUAUUCCAACCACGGACAAUUUACGGUUAUGGACAGUAGUGGGACCACGCAAAGUGUUCAGUCGUGGUAUUUUGGUAGUCAAGGAAGUAAUCCUCCUAUGGUUGGUAGUCAAGGAAGUGUUCAUCAUAUGGUUGGUAGUCAAGAAAGUGUUCAUCCUAUGGUUGGUAGUCAAGAAAGUGUUCAUCAUAUGGUUGGUAGUCAAGAAAGUGUAAGAUCUCUCACUUAUCUAGGCCAUUUUAGUAAUAUUAUUUAUUAUUUGAUCAAGAUUUGUUUAUUUGGAUGGAAAUAGAUUUUUUAUGAUUGGAUGACACACAACCAAAGCGGCCUGGGUGGAGAUGGGUCAAACGCAUGGAUGUAAUGCGUUUGUAUAUUUCAUGUGACUUGGUGUAUUUACAAGGAGGAGGCUGAUGCAUUUUUUGUACACCACAUGAUGUGGUCUAUUUUGCUUUUCCCUCUGAAUUAUUUGGGCAGCUUGCCAGUUAUUUGUAGAUGAGAUCCUAUUUUGUAUAUUCUCUCUGAGAAUUUAAGUGGAUAAAAGGAGGAAGUGGCUGA